UAACAGCAUCAUGCACGGCAUCAAGCUUCCACCCGGCGAGACAGUCGUCUACUCUAUCUUUGGAGUCCAAUACUCCAACGAGGGUCCCUCCGCCACUCAGCGCGCUUUGAUCGAUGAAUUCGACCGACUGCUCGUCCCCUCGGUAAACCACGUCGACAAGGUCAUCGAAGAUGGCUGGCCUCCUGCCCAAGGCAAAUCGCACAUCUGGCUCGGCUACUGGGCCAAAAAAGAUGACUACCUUGCAUGGUGGAAUCAAGACCCAGUCCAGCAAUUCUGGAAAUCUCUCCCCCUCGAUGCGGGGAUGUUUCGCGAGAUUCUAAAGCUGCCCGUCUCUCGCAUCCAUUUCCGAACCACCCUCGACAAAGUCGACGGACUGAGGCACCUGGUCGAUCCCAACGACUCUAUUUCGCUCAACAACAAGACAGGAUACUGGGGAUGCUACCGCCACACCACGCCCGAGAUGGUGGCGAACCCAGAAAACCGAUUCAACACCACGAUGGAAAAGCUGCCUACCGCCCCGCGUCUAUCGGCAGAGCCCAAGACGAAGACUGGUCGGGUGAGGGUUACAAAAGUACCUGACAAUCUUCUAUUCGCGGUAGAAGGCCAGGAUCACUCCGCCAUGGGCCCAAAGGAAAGAGACUACUGGUUUGAGACAUUCGACAAGACGAACCAGAAAUGGACGGAUGGGUUGUUCGCUUCCACGUCCGAGCAGGGAGUUAUGGAUACGCGGAUCUGCUACUAUCCCGACAGUGGAUAUAUGGAGGAUGCAAAUGGCAACAAAGCACCGGGGGCGCUAGGGUAUAAUCGCAAGGUCCAGUUGCUUUACUUUGCGGAUAUGUCGGCGAUGCAGCGGAUUGGAAUGCAGAAUAAGGAGCAUGUCGAGCUUCGCAAGACCUUUAUGAAGGCGUAUGGACCGGAGGGUGAGAUGGCAAAUGGCAAGUUUUAUCUCUGGGUUGAGACCAACUUGCUCCCGGCAGAUGGAGUUGAAUGUGAAUACGUUGGAUGUCUCGAGGGAACAGGAUUGUCCAAGUAUGGCGACCACGAGGCUUUUACGGUCGAGACAACCAAAUGCUGCGAGUGAUCAGAUGUAUUUGGGUAAAUAGAUUACAUGAAGAUCAGAACAUGUCAAUAUACAACAAUCAACUAAACUAGAUAUACAAUCGAUAAAUCAUCGCCCCGCAAGUCCCUUGAUCGUCUCCCAUCCAGGCAAAGUCCCAUUAUCGCCGGGCCUCUUAUACAUAAAGUUCGGAUCAGGAUUCGUCUCUCUCUGUUCAAUCUCGCCAACAGCGUCAUAUCGGUCCUGAACAUGAGCUUCUGCAGCUGCUUUCUGUUCCUGCAGCCCAGAGUAGUUUCCAAAGAAGGCCUUUUGGCCGGGAUUGGUGAGGUGAUCAAGCGAUGAACCUGAACCCUGCUGGCCUUGCUUCUGAUAGUCAUGGCUACUGCUCUUUGGCGGACUUCCACUGUCGACAUUGUUGGCUGGUGUGGACUGAGUGCCGACA